UUACACAGAAGAUCUGCAGGAAACUGUUAUAAUUCGUGUUUGUUUGCUUGUCUCCACCGUAGAGUGAGUGAAUGGAGAGCUGAGCCCACAAAAUGUAAAGUGAUACUAUAGAUUGGGUGCAUUAUAGUAUAAAAAAAAUCUGCCUCAAAAAAGGAAGAAACAAUAAAAGAAAUUAUCUCUGAUAAAAUGAAAGUCUGGUAUGUAAAUAUUUCAUGAUAAAGUGCACAGAUAAAACUCAGUGGUGGCCAGAUGAUGAAGUUCCUCUCAUCACAGUAACAGCAGCAUCUCUGCUGAAGGCUGAUCUGAUCUGUACCGCAAAUUCAAACCUGCUGAGAACAGAUGCAAUCAUUAACACAUUCUGUGUUUACAUUUAUUGAUGAAAAAACACACCCCAGAUUCUGCUCUCAUGAAGGCAAAUGCGCUAAAAACCAGCAGUGAGUGAUAUUUGAUGCUCAGUGUGUCUUGUUUGUAGAUCAGCGGUUUGUUUCUACUGUUUCCCUCCAGUAAACGAGGCACUCGUCUGUAUUCAGUCCUUGAAGUUCUUGUCUUCAGACCCACAUGGGACUGGUAUCCUGCCGUCAUCCAUCAUGGCUUCCCCCCUCUCUUUCUGUCUGCGGCACAGACACUGAUCUCAUUCGUCCCUUUUCAUUUUCCGUCCCUGGAGCUCCAGUCUGCUCAGGAAGGUGUGCGCUGCAGCUCCGAGCUCCGGUUAAUCUCGGUGAUAAAGUGCCAUGAAGUCCCUGGUGGAUCUCUGCCCUCCUGGGUACGAACUUUGGAAUAGCCCACAAUGUACAUAUUGCAGUGAAAUUCACUGGAGAGGAAAGCGACUGAAUGGUUUUUCCAAAUGUGGAUGCUGUGUCUGAAAGACAACAUUAAUCAAGCGCUCCUGAUGUUUUGGCUCUUUUGAAGUGCUCGGUGUUGUCAGUGACCUCGGCGCUGGCUUGCAUGAUUCCCCCCCCCCCCCCCGGCUGCCAGAGGCCUCGUUCUAAACCUGGGCUAUGCUAAGUAUGAAGCCAACCAGGAUCCAGGCACCACAGUCGAGUCUCCGACCCUGUGAAAACAAUCGCUUCUUCUUACUCUCUCUUUCAUUUUACGAUCCUGCUUGUCUCCCGGCCUUUGCCAACCUCUGCUGCUUCUGCGCUUCUCUCUACUUAUUUUCUUUUUUGAGGAUUAUGUUUUUUCUCACACUCUCAGAGGAGGCAGCUGGAAGAUGAAGUCUGGUUUAUGCGAUACCUACAGGGAUGGCUGCGGAUUGGCAUAAAGGGGAGAAACCUGCUGAACUCUCAACGUCUGGGUCUGGCGAGACUGUUUUACAUCUUUACCGACAUUGUAACGAUGCCAGUCGGGGUCUAUUUUUCUUUUGGCUAACUGGGAGUCUCUUCAGUCGCAGAGCUGAGUGACACAUUAAUGCUAAAACUACAGCCGAGCUUUCCAAAUAAAGCAUUAACAUCUUUUUUUUUUGCCUGUGAACAGGAAAUGAAGAUUUAGUGCUCGGCUAAAUGCAGCUGAUUUCUCCUGGAAAAAGGCACAGGGAUAACAUUUAGAGUUUACAGAGUGCUCAUAAUCCUCAUCCAUCACCGUGGGAUGAUUUGCAACAAUUUCCUGACACCCAGUGACCCAGAUACCGGACCUACAGGAGGCCCAGGUACAAGGUGGCCUAUAAGAUGGUGACAGAAAUGGAGUGGAAGUGUUGCCAUGGCUACUCGGGGGAGGACUGCCACCAAGGGCCGCAGUCGACCCCGGACACACAGGUCAGCAGCGGGCGACCUCAGGUCACGCAGACCGGCUACAACCCCAACAAUGGAAACGGAGGAGAGUCGGAGAGGAUCAAACAGCUGGAGGACACCAUCCGCGGCCUGACCAAGGACCUCCACAACAUGCAGACCACCAUCCACGGCAUCAACCAGAAGCUGCCGGGACUGAAUGGGGCCAUUGUCCCUGCUGAUUCAGCUCAGCCACAUAUGAAGGAAACCAUCAACAGCAUCCAGACCAAGCUGGAUCACCUCUACAACAGAACCCAGGUCCAUGACCAGACCCUGCUGGACAUCAACAACCACCUGGUGAACGGAGGGGGGAAUGAACUUGAUGGAGGAGCGAAAGGAGGAGGAAGAGGAGGAGGAGGAGGAGGAGGAGGAGGGGGAGGAGGAAACCAGCUGAACUCCCUGAAGGAGGAGAUCCUGACCGAGCUGGAGCGGCGAGUGUCCCUGUCCUGCUCGUCCUGCCAGGCCGGCGUGGAGGACCUGAGGAGGCAGCAGCAGGAGGACAGAGAGAGGAUCCAAGCUCUGGAGAAGCUCCUCAGCUCCAUGGAAGGACACCUGAGGCAAAGUGUGGAAAUCUCCCGCCGGGAGAUCGAGCGAUCCCAGUCCUGCUGCAACACGGUCACCGAGCUGGAGAAGAGGCUGAACGACAUCGACGUGCGAGUCACCUCCACCGCUAACAAGUGCGACGCCAUCAAGGGACGACUGGACAAGGAGCUGGCCGGGACGGGAGGGGGCAAAGGACGAGUGACGGAGGACCGCUUCAGCAGCAGACUGAGGGACCUGGAGAAGAGGCUGAACAACACCAUGAGGAAGACGGAGCAGAAGUGCACAAAUACCGGGAACAACAUGAAAGAGACGGUGCAGAGAGACGUCAACCAGCUGCGCAACAUUGUCCUCGGUCGGCUGGACGACCACGGCUUCAAGAUCGGAAAAAUAGAGCUGGACGUUUCAGUGCUCGGGGACACGGUGACAGAUCAUAGUCGGCGUUUGAACCAUCUGGAGAACAUUACAACGUCUCUGGACAAAAGGCUGACAGCCAUUACAGACAUGUGCAAUGAGACCUGCGGGCCGAAAGGGAAGGGUCAGAAAACUGACGAAACUGUGAAGACCUUGGAAUGGAGAGUGGUGGCCAACGAGGGAGAGAUCCAGAAGUUCAACACCAAGCUGAACGACUUGUCGGUGACGGGAGACUCUCUGAUCGACAGAGUCAUCGACCUGACGGGGGAUGUCAAGAAGAUCAUCGCCGUGACGGGGGAGAACGGCGAGAACUUCAACCGGAUCGUCACAGAGAUCGAGACGCUGGGCCGGGACUUCGAGGACUGCUCCGUCUGCACCAGCCUGGAGAAGGAGCUCCGCCUGCUCAGCAACUCCACCGCGACCGGCCUGGGCCGGUGCCAGACGGAGCUGACGGACCUGCGGAGGAAAGUGAACUCCGGAGAGUCGGCGUGCUCCCAGGUCUGCUCCAACCUGCAGGAGGAGGUGGGGCGGCUGCGCGAGGAGGUGGAGGAGUGUACGGGACAGUGCAGGAACAACAUCGACGACCUGAAGACACGGCUGGACGGUCACUCCGUCCACAACGGAAGGUUAGGCGGCGAUCUGAAGUCCAUCCAAGGAGAGCUGGCCGAGGUCAUGGUGACGUUCGGCUCCAUCAAUAACACCCUGAAAGGUCUCGGAAGGACAGUACAGACGCACGGGGACACGCUGACCGAUCUCACCAACAGCAAGGACGACAUCAUCUCGGAGGUGAACAACUUGCAGAAGGAGCUGACGGAGCACGUCGAUGGCACCGAGAUAAGGUUUGGCCGCCUGGGCGACGACAUCCAAAUAAUCAGGAGCAACUUCGUGACGGAGAUGGGGGAGUGCCGGCUCUCCAGCAACGGCCUGGACCGACGGCUGUCCAAGCUGGAGGGCCUGUGCGGACGCUUCGACUCCGUCUCAGACAGCCUGGAGAGGAUCAAGGAGGGUCUGAACCGACAUGUGUCCGGCCUGUGGAGCUGCGUUAACGGGCUCAAUGUCACGGUGACGUCUCAGGGAGAUCGGAUCGACAAUAUCCAGAACGUCCAGCUGGAGGGCGUCCACUCCAAGAUACACCGGCUCAACUCCUCGGUGCUGGACCUGGUCAGGCAGUUCCACAGCUUCACAGAGCAGGACUUCAUGGGUCCACCUGGUCUACCGGGGCCCCGCGGAGAGAGGGGCGAGCGCGGACUGCAGGGUCCCGUCGGACCUCAAGGCAGGGUGGGACCUCCGGGCAGAGAGGGGAAGCAAGGACGAGCGGGACCCCCAGGUCUCAGAGGUGAACAGGGUCUUCCAGGGUCUGAUGCCCACGUGCCUCGUCUUUCUUUCUCUGCGGCGCUGACACGCCCGAUGAGGAGCUCGGGAACGAUAGUGUUCAACGACGUCUUCGUCAAUGAAAACAGCGUCUACGAUCCAGCUACAGGUUAUUUCACAGCUCCUGUCAGUGGAAACUACUUCUUCAGCGGCAUCCUGACGGGCCAUAAAAACAUGAAGAUCGAGGCGGUGCUGUCCCUGUCCAACACCGGCGUGGCCCGGGUGGACUCGGCCGGGUAUCAGCCCGAAGGCCUGGAGAAGCCCAUGGCGGAGGCCAAACACAUCCCAGGAGCUCUGGCGGUCUUCAACAUCAUCCUGCCCAUGAAGGAAGGCGACACGCUCUGCAUCGACCUCGUGUCCGGCAAGCUGGCCUUCUCCUCGGAGCCUUUGACAAUGUUCAGCGGGAUGCUCCUGUACGAGACCCAGUGACUGGAUGAGGCGCCGCCGAGCGGGGGAGCUUCGUAUUCGCCUGUUGGACUCUGAGGGACCUGAGCCAUUCACAAGGCAAAGAGAGAGAGGGAGUGAUAGAAAUGGGCUGGAUUUAUUCAGCAAAUGCAGCCUCAGUUCCAGAAAAGUUGUGGUGUUGUGUAACAUGUCAAACAGAGUGCGAUGAUGUUUAAAUCUUCUAAACUUUAAAGAAACACGGUGCUGCAUCAGGAGGAAGCGGUUAGCUUCUCAAAGUAAAUAAUCUUCUUGUUUUUGUGUCAUGGUGGACCAAAAUAUGGACUUUUCAUCGUAGUACCGCGUUUGUGGUUUAUCAGAGGAGUUUCUCAGCCCACUGCAUGGACAGUGUCAGUGUACUUGUCUGAUAUAACACACUUUACUGUUCUAAAGUGCUUCACAUGUCCAGCCACUUGGGCUCAGUGCUGUCUGAAAGCCAGAUUGAACAGGAAACUUGUCAAAGGUUACCCUCCCUAUUUGCUGGGAUCGUCUCCAAUCACAUUAACCCAAACUUGGUUAAAGGCAGUAUAGUAUAUUAUUGAUAGAUGUACCACAGGUGAUGAAAUCUUCAGGCUUUUAGCCAUUUCUGAAAAUGUUGCACUCCUUGCUUGUGCGGUCUUUCACACAGCAGUAAAUCUUUCAGUCAUACUUCGAAAAAACUCCAUUAGCUCUUCUGUUACUCGAUCAAGUUACUGACACAAUCUCAAUUAACCUCCUCAGUCCACCUCUGUUUCAGAAUGGACACACAUUUUUCAAGUGUUCUCAGUUUCAACAUUUGAUCCGCUGCGGUGUUAUUUUAGGUUUUCUUUGAGUAAUGUGCACAUCAUAGCAUUCUGUUUCUGCUUUGUUUCACGGAAUGUCCCAACUUUUUUGGCAUAUUUGGUUACAGAGAGAGAUUUUAUAUUUCACAGAAGUGCCAAAAAGGAUAAAAAACAUCCUUUGUUUCUCCCACAAUGAUUUGUUCUAUGUUCCACAGCUUUAAGGAAAACAUUUUUUGUUUUCUCGAUAUAUAUUUUUCUUCUUUAUCAGGAAAAAGAAGAAAAGAAAAGCCUCUGCAGGGUUAUCUGGUAGUUCCACAUUUUCACACCAAGCUAUAAACUUGAACUGUUACUGAUUAGAGCAGCCUUCAGGUCUCACUUCUGCUUUAAAGGCUCAGAUACAAGAUUAAGAUGUGUUUUUUUUUUUUUUACUCUUGUGUGUGUCAUCCACCCCAAGUAGCAAAUGUCCAGAGGUCAUUGCAGUCUUGUUUUUUUUAAUGGAGAUUAUUCUUUCUCAUUGCACGUAGUUUCAUUCUGACCACAGGCAAAUUCCCAGAAACGCACCAGAACGCUAGUUGUCAUGGAAAAAGGAAAGAGAAAAAAAAAAGAAAAAAAAGCAAAGUAAUGUAGGUGGAGUGGAGGAAAGCACCCAAACCACUAUUCUUUCGGAGGAAAUGCACAAAUGAAGUCACUGACAGUUCAGACGAAAAACCGCAGGAUUUAGUAAAUCAUACAGCGGCAAAACAAUAAGACCAUUUUAGGACAUUAGCUAUGCCCAGAAGCACGAGGAGGGGGAGGAGGAGGAGAUGAAUGGCCAGGGGGAAAGAAAGGGGAUAUUUUUCUGUGUCCUAAUAAGGGACAUCUACUCAGCAGAGGAUCAAGGCGCUAUGAAGCUUUUACUAUCAGCCCAUCUUUACUUUUUUCAUUUAAACCUGAUAAAAAAACAAACAAUGAAGCUACACAAACCCUUCAUUCCGUGCCACAAGUCCUAUUUUGAACACGGAGGCAUGCCGUCUUUAUGGGCCUGUCUAUUUGUAAGAGUGAUGUUGGUGUUUUUGAAUGGAUUCCACGCAUGUUCUGCUGCUCUGGCUCUGUUUUGGCUUUUUAUUCACCCAAUAGUGUAUCCACAUAUUAAGGUUUUUCAUACAGUGCACAUAUUUUUAUCUGUCCUCAGCCAUCAGUGUGGGAAUGUAACUCGGCGCAUAUGUGAUAUGCAUUGUGUAACCAUGACGGAUUGUAAAUAUUUCUUCAGCAGUCGUUCCUUUAUAAGAUUUUUAUGAGCAACCACUUCACCUUGGUUGGUGUUGUAUAUGUUUUUUUUUUUUGUUUUUUUUUGUAUGUCUUGCCACAUGUGUGCCUCAAAUACAGAUACAAAGUGGGUGUUUUUGUUUGUUUGUUUUCUUUUUACACAGCUCGUGUCAGCCGUCUCAUUUUAUCUGAAUUCCUUAAUAAACGAGCGAGUGUGUG